AUGGAUCUAACAAAGACGCCUCGAAAGGUUUGGGAACAUGCCGAUCCCAAGAGUACGGCCAUGUGGGCGUUUAUGCAAGAGGCGAAUAAACUCCACGGGCUCAAUCUGAAGACUUUCAAUGACUUAUACGAAUGGUCCUGCUCUAAGCGCAGCGACUUCUACGCCCAGCUCUGGACCUUUCAGAACUGGAUCCACGAAGGAUCCUACUCAUACGUAGUCGACGAGUCCAUUCCUAUUAAUCAACUUCCCACUUGGUUUCCCGGUAUUCGCAUUAAUUUCGCUGAGAAUCUCCUUUGGACACGCCCUGUAGGCGGUGCACCAGGCGAGCGCUCAACGCUCCACAAGGAAGAUGACAGUGUUGCCAUCACAGAAGUUCGUGAGGGGAACUCCUCUGUGACGAAUGUGACGUGGGGAGAGCUGAGGAAGAGAGUGGCUAGGACCGCGAGUGCGUUGAAGCAGAGAGGCGUGAAGAAGGGCGAUCGGGUCGUCAUGGUUGGAGCACACGCUGUUGAGACUUGUGUGGUGUUUCUGGCAGCGACUUGGCUUGGGGGGUUGUUUAGCAGUAGUUCUACUGAUAUGGGUGUUGGAGGUUUGUUACAGAGGACUGUUCAGAUUGAUCCCAAGUUUGUUUUCUUUGACGACGCUGCUUUGUAUAACGGCAAAACUAUUGAUCUCCGCGAGAAGAUUGAGGGUGUCGUUAAAGGACUAAAAGAAUGUCCCUCUUUCAAGGGAGUAGUCGUCGUUCAACGCUUCGACACUCCUCAGGAUACUUCUCAAAUUCCAAACACGCAGCGUCUCGAAGCCUUCCUCUCCUCAGCAUCCUCAACACCACCACCUAUUGAAAGAGUCGGCUUCCAAGACCCGAUGGUAGUCUACUACUCCUCCGGCACAACAGGAAUGCCCAAGGCCAUCGUCCACGGCGUGGGACCUAUUCUCGUCACCGUAGCUAAGGAGGGCAUUCUGCAUCGCGAACUCACGCCUGAGGAUGUUUCGCUGCAGUACACCACCACUGGCUGGAUCAUGUAUCUUGCGAGUAUCACCAGACUUGCUAUUGGUGGACGGACUGUGUUUUACGAUGGCUCGCCUUUUGUGCCGGAUCGGACUGUGCUGUUGAGGAUCGUGGAGGAGCAGAAGGUUACCAAUCUUGGAAUCAGCCCGCGUUGGCUUGGAGAGCUAAUGAAGGAAGGGAUAGUUCCGCAGAAGGAGGCUGAUCUUAGUAGUCUCACAUCUGUGCAGAGCACUGGAAUGGUGUUGAAGGAGCAGCUCUUUGAAUGGUUCUACGACGGAGCUUUCCCCUCGAGGAUAAAGUUGGUAAACUUUUCAGGAGGUACAGAUAUCGCCGCCUGCUUCGUCAUGGAGAACCCUCUAUCUCCCAUCUAUGCCGGUGGAUGUCCAGGACGAGUCAUCGGCACGCCCAUGGCAAUCUAUCCAUCCUCUGCCGAUCUCACCAAGCCAAUCUCCCCCGUCCCAGACGGCGAACCAGGAGAUUUAGUCGGAACAGCAGCAUUCCCCAACAUUCCUCUGUAUCUCUGGAACGACACGACUCCCGCCCCUGGAAAGAAGUACACUUCCGCCUACUUUGAUCGCUUCCCCGGAGUGUGGUCCCAGGGCGAUUUCGCAGCAGUGCAUCCGCAGACGGGACAUAUUCACAUCCUAGGUCGUUCAGAUGGAGUUUUGAAUCGGAGUGGUAUUCGCUUUGGUAGUGCGGAUAUUUACGCUGUGCUUGAGGGGGGUUUUGCGAAGGAGGUUGCUGAGAGUCUCUGUGUGGGACAGAGACGGUCACAGGAUCAUGACGAGGCUGUUGUACUGUUUCUUCUGAUGAAGCCGGGCAUCAAGUUCACUGCUGAACUGGCGAAGCAAAUUCGAGGCAGGAUUGCGAAGGAGUUGACAAAGAGGCAUGUGCCCAAGUACAUCUUCGAGGUGCCUGAUAUUCCGGUGACGGUGAAUGGUAAAAAGGUCGAGUUGCCGGUUAAGCAAAUCAUUUCAGGGAUCAACAUAAAGCCCAGCGGGACGUUGUUGAAUCCUCAAAGUCUGGACUUUUUCUACCAGUUCCAGAAGAUUGAAGAGGUUGAGCAAGUUCGGGCAAAGCUGUAG